AAGAUCCAUGGCACUCCCACCGCCAACAGCACAGUCUUUCCUUCUCCUGAAGGUUGCUGCUCUCCACAAGAGCGACGACUAGACUAUCCAAUCGUACCGUAUUGUAACCCAUUGCUUAUUACGGUACCUCUUGAUUCGACCACCCCACCCCACUCCAUUCCUAUAACACGCUAACUAGCUAAGUAGCUAGCUAUACUAUCUAUUCGUGUAAUAGUAUGCACGGCCGCAAACGCACCGAGUACAAGCAUCGAUUUGCGGAUCCGCAAGUGGCGGCGGGUCUGGCACAAAAGGCGCAGCAAUGGUACGCACUGAGCGACAAGGCGCUUUCCCUUCGUGAAAAUGACGACGCCAGCAUGACACUGCCCUUGUUGGACAAGAUGCUCCGCGUCAAUCCCGAUCCCUUGCAUUUGUGGAAUAUUCGGCGCAGUCAAUUAUUGUUGCAAUCUGAUAGCAAUUGGCUCUCGACGGAACUGGCAUUGACGGCGGCCGGUUUGGAACGGAAUCCCAAAGCGUACGGGGCGUGGUUUCAUCGCAAGUGGGUCUUACAGCGACAAUCCAUUACUACUCAAGUGUCUACUAUGGAGUCGUUGCUGCAACAAGAAUUGGCAUUGACGGAUCUCUUUCUCCAACGAGACGAACGCAACUUUCAUUGUUGGAAUUUUCGACGCUUUUUAGUAGGACUCGAGUUGCAGCUCUAUGGCGGCACUACGGAUCAAGACACUACUACGUUGGGAGAUGGAUCCUGGUGGAUGACGACGACAACAACAGAGCAGGUCAUUGGUCCACAAAUUACGGCGGCAUCCAAGACGACUACGACAAUCGACUCGAACAACACUACCAAAAUCCAUUCCAUUCUCCAACGCGAAUGGGAUUUUACCCAAGGCAAAAUUGUGUCCAAUUUUUCCAAUUUUUCCGCCUUUCAUUAUCGCUCCAAACUAUUGUUGCUCUCUUCGUUUGGUGACGGAAAUGGUUGGUCCCCCAAAUUGGCAUCCACCAGUACCCAGUCCGUCCAAGCCAUGGCCGAGCAAGAAUGGUCCUUGAUGGAGAAUAUCAUGUUUACCGAACCCGAUGAUCAGACCAUUUGGUGGUAUCAUCGAUUCCUCCUUGAUUUUGUCGUAACACAACAACAACAAUCAGCAGCAGACUGGUACGUUCCGUGGUUGGCACGACAAGCCGAGACGUUGCAAGUAUUGGUCGAAGAAGACGAUUCCGAACGUGGCUGUAAAUGGGGUCUCCUGGGAUGGCAUUUGGUACUCUCGCGACUUGUUGCCAGUAGUGAGGAAAACAAGGAAGAACGCCACCAACAAAUGGAGACCGUCCUCGAUCGCCUCAUUGAGGUUGAUCCGGAUCGGACCCAACGGUACCAGAUUAUGAAGAAACAAAAGCAACAAAAACCACAACCAUAGUUAUAGUUUGAUGGUAAAAGGAAAACUGCUUGGUUUUGUUAAACUUUUUAAAAACUAAUCACAAGAUUGAUGAUUC